UUCAAAUUACGGAAAUUUCAAUAUCAAAUUCCGUCCAUGACCCGUAUAUAACAUUCCCUGUCACUUCGGCUGGCAUUGCCGCUAUUCCAAACACUAUAGAUCUACUAGAAUUUACUCAAGACCCUAACGUCAAAUCAAUAUCACCAAAUAAGUUUUUACUUAAAUUGGCUAAAGACAAAUGCUUAGAACUAAAGUUCAAAUUCAGCAUAGGAGAAACAGACGGAAAUAAAGCUUAUAUCAAAGGACUUACAUUUAUCAAUGUUGCUAGUGAAAAAGAGUUGGAAAGAAUAGUAACAGUUGAAUUCAACGAUGACCCCAACUUACAUAAACAUCCAAAGGUAUCAUUGGUUGGAAAUUAUGAAUCGGACGGAAUAAAACCUUUAGAAAUGGAAUGGAACUGGAUGUGGUCAGCUCCACAUAACAUGGACGAAGUUCAUCGAGGCACGGGAUCCCUUGAUGGAACGUCAUUCCUUACAGGAACAUCAUCGUUACUUCAGUCUUCUACAUCUGCACCAUGGUCCCUUCCACGCAGUGUUCGUCCGUCGAGUCCAGAUACAGUAUAUCUUCCAGUACCCGGCAUGUCUUCACACACAUCUGGGACCGCCUCCUCAAUUUCAAGUGGAGGCAGACGCUCUUCUGAUGAUUUAAUGUUUCAACAUGAACCCGAAGAUGGCCCAUUGUUUCGUGCCACUCUUUCGUCAUAUGAGAAGAAGACAGGUUCAUUGAGACAGUAUAUAAAACGUAUACUUAAGGCUGCGUCUACGUCUCAUGAAGUCAUGUUGGACAGUAAUGAAGCAGAUGAAGAGCUUAUGGUGGCCUUAAGGGCAGCAGCAACAGCUCAUCCUCAAGCAUUUCAACCAGUUUUGGAUAGCUAUUUGGAAGAUGCUGCUAAAAAAAUUGCGAACCUUAGAGAAAAUCUUGCGAAUCAAAUGUCUAUUCUCCUUAUUGAGCCCCUGCGAAAAAUGUAUGAAAAUGACAUUAAAGUAGCUGAUAGCAAAAAGAAGGAAUUCGAGGAUGAAUCUCGUGAUUAUUAUCAAUUUUUAUCCAAGUAUUUAUCCAUGAAAGUUGAUUCUGCUAAAGAAAAGAAGAAACUUGAAACUGAUUCAAAAUAUCAAAACAAACGAAAAACUUUUGAAUUAAAGCGAUUCGAUUAUUAUGCGUAUAUGCAAGACUUACAUGGGGGGAGGAAAGACCAGGAAAUUUUAUAUCAUUUGACGAAUUUUGCUGAAAAGCAGUUUGCAUUUUAUCAACAAACCGCAAUGAGUAUACAAAAUUUGAAGCCAGGUUUGGAUAAAUUAGCAGUUGAUGUUGCGGAGGCAACAAAGGAGAUUCAUCUAAUGAGAAAAGAAAGAGAAGAAAGGCGCAGAGCAUUGGAGACUCGAGCAAUAACUGCAAGUCCAUUCACGGGCGAGACUCUCAAUGAAGGAGAGAAUUCAAAUAAUUGCAAUGGAAGUGUAUCUACGGAUAAUACGACAGACAAUGCAGAAAAUCAAACUUUGAUUCAUGCUGGAUCACUAAAUACGACACAAAAUAAAUUUAAAGGAAUUCGUGAUUUGGAACAACAGGGCAAUGAAUCUGCAUUAACUGCUGGCAGGAGGAAAGAAGGAUUUCUAUUUGCUACAUCACGAGCAACGCAACAUGGAACUGUUGACCCGAUUGCAAAAAAUAAUUGGCAUAAAGAAGCAAGAGGUGCUGAUCGUCGUUUUUGUUUUGAGGUCAUAACACCUCAAUAUCGACGUAUAUAUCAAGCAAUUUCCGCUGAAGAUAUGAGUUCGUGGAUGGCAGUAAUUUCCAAUGCCAUUGAGAGCCUUCUUAACGGAACAAGCAGCUGUCGUAACUUGGAUCAGGUAUUAACUCAAGACGUAGAUAGUACUGGUGCUGGAAC